UGUUUAUUAAUAUAUGAUUAUUAAUAUAUAUAUAUUAGUGCAAAGGAUUGUCUAUGAAGAGGAGAUAAGGAACCGCGGUGUGACCCGGCCUGUGUCAAGGCGCGUAUAAAAUCGACGAUAGCGAANCGGACGGCCGGCAGUGUCGCGGGAGCCGCGCGCGAGAGAGGACGUCCUCGUUAGUUCCGUGCUACGUCGACGCAGCGUGGAAAAAGCAGCGUGGAAACGCAAAACCGACCGAUGCUCCCUACCACGCCGUGUUUCCAUCUCGUCAUCGAGUUUACGCAACAUCUCUCUCUCUCUCUCUCUCUCUCUCUCUCUCCUCCGUCUCUCUGUGUUCGUGUUUAUCUUUUAUCUAUCUCGUAAUUCAUCGAAGCCUGCCUCCGUGUGCCUGAACGAAUCUAUUAACCGCAAAUCUCGAAAGGAAAUCAUGCGGUAUAAUGGACGAUCGAUUGUACACCGUGCAGUGACAAAGAAAGAUAAUUAAUUCGAGAAGUUUCGAUUCUUCGAUGCGGGAUCACGGUGGACUUGGUCUGGCCUGUGGGAGAGGCGUGUUAAUAUUGUUUACAAAACAGUGACCGGACGAAAGGAAACUGCGAAGUUUGGAAUUCGGAUAUUUGGGAGAAGAGGAUUCUUGCGUGCGAAAGAAAAAUAUUAUUAAGACUCGCGUCGAGUUUUAAAUAUAUAAUCGGCGUGUUGAAAACGCGUGAAUUUUAAAAAGUUAAAAAGUUCUCACGAGAGGGGGAAUCCGCGAGAUGCAGCGAACGAGCGACGCGGAUACGAGCGGAAAGCCUUGAGGGAUUUGCGGAAGGAGGACGAGGAACGAGCUAGGAAGAGAGAAUCGUGGGAGAGAAGAGUAGGGAGAGGAAUCGGAGUCGCGAACAAGAGGCAACGGAGAGGCGAGAAAACACUCGAGGAAUGCCGUGGAUAAAGUGUUUGGGCGGCGGAGGCGGAAAGGCCAGAAGAGGCAAACCACUCAGCGUCAGCCAGCCAAUCCACCUGCUCGUCAAGAGCGAGUUCGAGCCACAAUGUCACGUGUUCCGGACGAAGCAGUUGCGCAAGCCGCGUCCGUGCCAUUUGUGCCAUCAGGCGGUGAUCAAACAGGCAUCGUGCUGCAGAGUGUGCAAGUACAUCUGCCACAAAACCUGCGAGGACAAGGGUGCUAGAUUCCGGGAUACCUCGCAGCAAAUCCAUAAGCAAUGGCAGGCGGAUCCGGCACGAGCGUUUCCAACAGUUGGCACCGUCACCACAGGCUCGAUCUCACCCACGUCGGGCGAAAUUUCAACCCCGAAUUCGACGCCCAGCCCAAGCCCUAGCCCCACUAACAGUCAACAAGUCGCGCAUAAUGGGGGUUACGAGGCGCAACCGAAGAAUGUUAACACCAUCUCGAGAAGCAAGCAGCAGCAGCAACAACAGAUUCAGACGUCCUCGUCGACAACGACACCCGCGAGGACGCCAGGCGUCGGGGCGGACGCGACGACGACAGGAUCCGGGAAAGGCGGUGGCCGUGUGACGGAAGUGAUGGAGCUUUGUUACGUCACCGAAAGAAUCAUCGCGCUCUGGUACAGGGAGGAUGCGCAGGGAGUCCUCGAACACGCUACCGCCCUUCUGCGUGGAAAGCACGCUGAUAAUUAUAUGAUAUUCAAUCUUUCGUCGCCGGGUCGUGCAGGGGAGCCAAACACGAGGGAAGCGGGAUGGCCUCAGGGUCUGGCGCCCAGUUUGGAAAGAUUGUGCGCCCUGUGCAAGGAGCUGGACUCCUGGCUGAACGGGGCUCCGAAUCGCGUGGUCGUCCUCCACGCCAGGGGAAGCAAAGAACGAUUGGGUGUGGCAGUGUCCGCUUACAUGAACUACAGCAGCAUCUGCGGCGGACGUGAUCAGGCGUUGGACAGGUUUGCUAUGAGGAGAUUCCUCGACGACAAGAUUGGAUCCCUGCAGGUUCCCUCGCAUCGAAGGUACAUCAAAUAUUUCAGCGGACUUUUAUCAGGCUCCUUAAGGAUCAGUCAAUCUCCCCUCUAUUUAACGCAUCUCACCGUCCUGGGCGUUCCACUCUUCGAGCCUACGGGUUGUCGCGCAUUCCUCAAGGUCUACGAAGGUCUGAAUCCCGUCUACACCUCGGAUCUCUACUCCGUGACGAAUGCUCGCGAGUUCACCGUGAAUCUCGGGGGUCUUCGUCUGAGGGGAGACAUUCUGGUGAAAUGUUACCAUAGAGUGUACUCGAAGCAGAGCCGGGAAGUAAUGUUUUCCCUGCAGUUCCACACCUGCGUGAUUACGGAGAACGUGGUUUCCUUCCCUCGAUCGGAGCUCGACGUCGCCUGCGACGAUCCAAGGUGUCCACCUGACAGCGUGGUCACACUGUACUUCGCCACCGACGCCAAACGCCAGGACGGGCCUGUACCAGCGCCGACGCCUGCUGUUCCCCACGCCUCGGCCCACCACGACCCCAUCCUCCACUGGGACAGCUACACGAAUCUCGAAAUGAGCGACGACGAAGGACGGGAAACUCCAUUAUCGCCGCCACCACCUUCGAGCUCCUCCGUUCAGACGUCGCCUCGCGGAUUGGGUUACACCUGCGGUCCCAUAGAUGGAUCCCUGUACGCUGUGGCCCCGCCGCAACGACCUAGCCCACCCGAGCCGGAGCCGGAUAACCAGGCUCACGGUGAUCUCGAUAAGCUGCUCCAUGAUAUGAUGCUCACCGUCGAGUCGAUGCCAGAUCCCCCAACGGAGGACUACAGAACGGACAGGAGCGAGAAGAUGUACAUACAAGAAACUCGCAGCUACAGCAGCCACGCGAGCAGCCAUUCCCCCUCCACUUAUUCGACGCUGAAGGAUUCGUACAGGAAUUACAGCACUGGGAAAGAAUCGAGCCCCCCGUACAACUCGAGCAGCAGUUACAGCACCCUGAAGAACGAAUAUCGCGAGCCACCCGCUAAGAUCGAUCAUCGAUCAAGGGACGAGUUCGAGUAUCGCGUGUCGCCCGACCGAAAGAUCUCCGAAUCCUCGACCGAUCCGUACAGGAAGCACGGUGACUCGUUCUCGCCCCCUGGAAAUAUCGAUUACAUCGACGAGGACAUACCUUAUCACGCCAGGCAGACGAGUCAACCGUUCUCUUACGGCGCCACCACCGACAUGCUCAAACAUCAGAAACUUUCUUCCCCCUCUUUGGUGAGGAAGGCGUCUGUACGCGGCACCGCGCCCGUCGUCGAUUUCGAGGACAUUCUCGGCGAGAACUCGAGGAGACCCAUCAGCCCUUUGAGCCCGAACACCCCCGAUCCACCGCCAGAAUUCGCCAACGGGUCUGCUAAGAACACCUCGGAUCACGUGGACGGAUUAUCAUGGUUGAGGCAACAGCAGUUGAAACUUGCCGCGAGGAGGGAUGAAAGAAACCCGGGGAAACUUUGGCGACAAGAAACCGGAAAUCGCGUGAUCGGCGAGCUGAGAAGCUUGCAGAGGGGAAGGAUGAGGCACGAUGGGUACGCCAGCGAUUCUGCGGUUCUCGACGACGAUGAGGACACGUGGCUUGUCAAUUCCACUUCCGGGCAGUCACAAUCGAGGGCAGCUCUUUACACAUCCGCGCCGGCGAGCCCGUUGCUUCCGCAACGGUCGAGCAGCCGGAAGUACAACGGUAGCACCGGAACCGGUACCCUGGGACGGCCACGGGCCGAGAGCGUGAACGAGCGUCCCUUCAUGUCCGUGAAACGGGCAUACGAAUAUCGCAAAUACAGCGACAACCAGAGCCCUCCGACAUCCCCCCGCUCAGGCUUAGCAAGCACGCGACCCUUAGGAUUAGCAGCGCAGCUACAAACACCGUUCAUUAACACGGACAAGCCUCAACCACCAAGGCCAGAGUCGCGUAGCGACAGCUUUGCUCGGGCUGACGCUUUGUUGCGCGAGCACAACAGGCAGCAACAACAGCAGCAGCUGGCCGCGAGCAACGCGGUCAACACGGAGCAACAGAAGCAACCGAUUGGCCAAGAUUUCGCCACGACCAUGUCUCGUAACUCUCGGCCUGAAUCGAGAAAUCGAAUCGUGUGUUUGAGCUCGACCACGUUGGCCGGAGGGAACGUUGAAAGGACCGCCGACCACGUGGACGGAGGGUUGUUGACGAUGGUCAAUGAUCAGCAACAAUCGAGCGCGCGCAACAAUCCGGACCCUCUCGUGAGCCUCAUUCAAUCAUUGGCUGAAAUUUCGCCCAUUCGAUCAUCCCAAUCGGUGACUAACAACAACAACAACAAGACAGACGCGAACGAUCAUCAUGCGCCGAGUAUCGGCUCAGCAACCACCACCACCACCACCACUGCGAGCAGCAACGUUGUUAACGCCAUCACUAAUUGCUCCCCUAACCAGUCGCCCAAAGCAUGGCAGAAUUGCACCCAGUCGCACAAUGACUCGGCUUCAUCGUGGACCGAGAGGAGCGUAAGUCCCGGAAGCGCGGUGGUGAGCAGCGCGUCGAGGCCUCAAACUCCGGCGUUUCCGGUCCAUCCUCGGACCCCGUACGUGAACAACUCCUCGCCCACGGUCACGUUCGCGGCUGAUCGCUCCUACAGCACGAACGCCACAUACAACGUGAACAACAACAACAAUAAUUUAAAUAACGUCGAGGCAGCCGGGAACAACAACAACAACGUCGGAAAUUACGCGAGCGAACGAACGAUCUACAUCGAAGAACGAAGAGAAGUCUCGAAAGAGACGGGGCUUCCACCCAAGAGUCCGACAACACAGAGACGCUUGAGUUUCCCGGCAAGCGGGCCACUUAAACAAACGCAUAACAAACGAUGGCCGCUCACUAACCAAUCGGCGUCGUUCGACUAUAGCAAGGACCGAUCUGUUUCUCCGAUAAACGAGCCAACGAUGCAACAAUCGCAAGCUGUCUCGCGCAGCCCUGGUACUCCGACCCAUAUCGAAUUCGCCCAAAGUCCUAAGAGUGCCACGUCGUACACUUCCAUAAACAGCGGUGGCCAAUCGUCUCCGCAGUAUUACGGUUCGAGACGGUCCAGUGUACACUCGAACACCGAGCCUCAAGAAGUGGCCGACGCGAACGUGAAAUUCGUGCGCGACACGAGCAGAAUCUGGUACAAACCUAACAUAUCUCGGGAGCAAGCGAUCUCGAUGCUGAAGGACGCAGCGCCGGGGACGUUCGUCGUCCGGGACAGUAAUUCCUUCCCAGGGGCUUUUGGACUCGCUCUGAAGGUGGCGACCCCACCUCCAGGCGCGCCCAGCAGUCCCAGGGACCCGUCUAGCGAGCUGGUCAGGCACUUUUUAAUCGAGCCCACCUCAAGAGGCGUCAGAUUAAAGGGAUGCGCCAACGAGCCGGUUUUCAGCUCGUUGUCGGCGUUGGUUUACCAGCACAGCUUGAUGGCGAUGGCUCUACCUUGCCCGCUCUUGCUCCCAGAACCGGAAGCUGCAGCCAGAGCCCUCGAUUCGCCGGGGACGAACAGCACGCAGCAACUGCUCGCGCAGGGUGCAGCCUGCAAUGUUUUGUACCUGUUCACCAUGGACAUGGAAUCGUUGACUGGGCCUCAAGCCAUCAAGAAGGCAGUGACGACCAUGUUCGAGCAAAAACCAUUGCCCGCCGCGACUAUAGUUCAUUUCAAAGUUUCCACCCAAGGGAUCACUCUGACGGAUAACGCGCGAAAGUUGUUCUUCCGUAGGCAUUAUCCCACGAAUAAUAUCAGUUAUUGCGGUUUGGACACGGAGGAGCGCACCUGGGACUUCGCCAGCGAGGAGACCGGCCGAUCAAUAAGCGCCCAUCGAUGUUUCGGAUUCGUUGCCAGGAAACCGGCGCACAAAUCGGACAACCAGUGUCACGUGUUCGCCGAGCUAGAACCGGAACAACCAGCCACGGCCAUAGUGAAUUUCGUGAACAAGGUCAUGAUGGGCAACUCCAUAGCGAAGGCCAACAUCGUGUAAAUCGUUUUUUAUUCGUCUCACGGCGUCCUCCAAGACGCAUGAAUAACGGUUUUUCGUCUUCGAGGCCUGACAAGAAUCGAUGAAAAAGAAAAAGAGAAGAAAAGAAAAGGAAAAAAAAAAAGCCAUAAAAG